UUCGUGCGGCAUUUCCUGUGUUACAUCUGCAAGGAAUAUGUAGAAGAUCUGGCCAAAAUUCCCAAGAGUUUCUUGCAAGAAGCAAAUGUCACUCUUAUUGUGAUUGGACAGUCAUCUUACCAUCAUAUUGAGCCUUUCUGCAAACUGACUGGGUAUUCUCAUGAAAUCUAUGUUGAUCCUGAGAGAGAAAUUUAUAAGAGAUUGGGAAUGAAAAGAGGUGAAGAAAUUGCCUCCUCAGGACAGAGCCCCCAUAUAAAGUCAAAUAUACUCUCAGGAAGCGUUCGGAGCCUGUGGCGGGCAGUGACUGGCCCCCUUUUUGAUUUCCAAGGUGAUCCGGCUCAGCAAGGAGGGACGCUCAUCUUAGGUCCGGGUAACAGCAUCCAUUUUAUACACCGUGAUAGAAACAGGCUGGACCACAAACCCAUCAACUCUGUUUUACAGCUUGUAGGAGUUCCACACGUGGACUUUACAGGCAGACCUCCAGUUAUCCACGUGUGACGUUACAGACUCGGUCACUUUCAGACGGACCCUGGGGUAUGAUCUGAAGCGUCAGCAUGUAGUAUCCUUGCGCAGGGCCUAAUUUGUUGACUCCUCUCAGCCUUUGAGGAGUAAUGAAAACAUAAAGACAUUAUGUACCACAAGUUGAGUAGCAGGCUGAGAGGCAUCAGUGGUCAACAAUGUGAUACAGAUUUAUAAUUUCAUGGCUUUUAAUAUUUUAUUUUGUAUAAAACCUUUUGUAAAAAAAAUCAAAUUGUAUUUAUACAAGAUAAAACUUUAAAAAGCUAUAAAAUUUAAAUGUCUUUAUUUUACAUUAUGGUAUAACCAUUCAAUGAAAAUCUUUUUGGGCUGUUAAAAUUAUGAAGAACAUAUAAGGGGAGGGGAAAGCAACGCAAAACCAUUUUUAUCCAUUUAGAAAAGCAAGAUGUGAAAUUCUGUAAACAAUAUAAUCACAUUUUUGUAUGUAUAUGUUUAUAUUUUUGUAUGCUUAGAAAGACGGGAAGUAAUUCAUACACCAGAAUAUCUUGCCAGUAGGUAUCGCCAGGUGGGAGGACUGCGGGUGUUUGUAUAUUUCCCAGCUAUUCUGUAAUGAUCAUGAUCUAUCAUUUUGGCCAGGAAAAGAUCUUUAAAAAUUACAUGAAGUUUAUAUUCCUACACAGCAAGCUCUACAAAGCUGCAGUUCUAUGGGCUGCAGUCCUCAGGUUUCUACCCUAAUUGCCUUCCUCAGAGGAAAUUCAGACCCAGCCUUCACAGAGCCAGUGUUCACACCUGUACCCCACACCCACUCUCCAUUCCACUGGGAUUUUGUCUUUGGUGGGUGUGGUAAAAGGAGAAAAGUAUGUUUUAUAUAUUUAAGAUAUUUUUUAAAAAUAUGAUCGGUAUACUUUUUGAAAGGAGAUUUUAAGAAUUGUUUAAACUAAAAAAAGACUUUGUAAUUUAAAUGUACACGUAGUUUGGCUGUAUAUUCCUAGACAGCUUUCUUACCCCCAAAACUGCUUUUAUUUAGUGGGACUGUUGUCAUCUUUUAUUUUCUAGAAUCUUAAUAUGUUUAGUUGGUAAGCAUCCCAGAAAUUCUGAUAAAACAUACAGCAAGAUUAAAAUAUUGGUAAUUAUUAGCAAGUAUAAUGCUGCUUUGAACUUGUAAUAUCUUUAUAUCAAGCAGAUGAAGUCAUAUACAAAAUAUAUAUUUAAAGUGUCCAAAUAUUUGAAUGUAUUUUCAUGUGUAUAUUCACGGAAAAUCAUGUUUUUAAUCAAUAAAAAUGAAAUAUCUCAUAAAA